UGACAAAAAGCCACCUUUCUCCAAAGAUAUCUGGUCGUUCAUGUGCGUCGUUUCUAUAAAAAGUGUAAUCUCUGACAGGACGUGAACGCAGCAGGACAGUGAGCAGGUAGAGAGUGUCAAUGAGAUCCCAGGGGAGCGAGAGACAGUCCGGGAGGUAGACUUUUGGGACGGUGUCAUGACUGUACACGGCGUCUCUCCUCUUUAUUAACUUUCAAUGGAGCCCACGAGGAGUUUGGACCACUUUUAUGUCGUACUUUUUGUGGUGUUUCUGCUCCGUGACCGCUGAUGAGUUUGAUCAUUUCCCUCGGUGUUCUCAGGAGGAUCGUAUCUAAUUUCUUACAGUGCAGCGGAGCCACUGAACUCAGGGGAAUGCCUGUGUGUGAUUGUGUGUGUGUGAGAGUGUGUCUGUGUUUUUUUUUUGUUUUUUUUUUUUUGUACAACCAGUUGGUUUAAAUGAAGACCGACUGUAGAGAAUAGGUUGAUGGGUCUGUUACAGAAGUCGCUGUGGUUUCGGACUCAGUAUAAUUACCACGUUAUAAGUGAAGUAAGGCAACGGUCCAUUUGCUUUGGUUAAUAAUUAGAUAGAGCGGCGUGCUGUAUUUAACUUCUUCGAGGAUUAUUUUUCGCAACAUUGGUUGUAAAAAUAUUACCCAACUUCUUUUUUUGGCACUGCUCUAUCAGUCAACAUGCCUUAUAAGUUUCCGGCGGCAACCUGUAACCCAGCCUUUGAAGUUCAAGUCGUCGCUCGUGCGUUUUUUGUGGAUUUAUCCAGAAAAUGUGGCGCCCGCAGGAUGUGCUUUCUUCUGACGCUUGUUUGUUUGCUCGCAAAAUGUGAUUGUAAGCUCCAGUGACUGGUGCACACUGUGAUAUUAAUAGUAGUUUGGAUACGGAUGAAGAUUGAUACACUGUUGUCAGGACGUGCCCGUGUUGGAGAGGAUACAGCAGCUCGACUGUAACGCCGACACAUUACAAAUGAGGACAUUUGUUGUGCACACUAACACAACACAGAGUGUCUUCACGGUGCCAUGCCACACACAUUAAUGACACUGGAUAAAAGUUCAUUUAAGCUCACUGCUGUGUGUCGGGAGAUAUCAGCUCUCUGCAGCGCUUUGUCCCAUGUGGGCACUGAGUGAUUCGCGUUUCUGUACAGUUUGAAUAUUAACUCUGGUGCUGAAUGGAAGUUUUGGGACAUUCACGCAUGAGUUAUGAUGGCAGUGCUCCAGCUUUAAAAGUUUAAGCAGUAUAGUCGUCGAGGCUGAAAGAAGAAGUGGGACGUAUACAUUACACAUAUCAAUAUUUCCUCCGUUUGUCUAUCCGCGGUGCUUGCCUGCUUUGAAGUCCACCAUGUGCGGCCGGGCACCGCCGCUACAGCCGAGGCCAUGACCGUCCCCCAGCGGCGCCUGGCCGGGCUCUGGCCGUGGCUGCUCAUGGCGGCCCUGCAGGUGGUGCUGGGCCAGCCGGGCUUGGAGUCGGAGCGGCCGGCCUUGCGAGCGGUCAUCAAGGUGGCACUGCUGAACCACGAGCCGACGGGGAAGCCCAUCACUCUGGAAGGGGUGUUCGUGGGAGGAAGCGCCGGCUACGCAGAGGGAAAACUAAUGCAGUAUCACCCUCUGUCUCUGUGCAACACGAGUGAGGAUGAACGACAAGAGAGUGACUUCAUCACUAUUGUCAAACUGGAGCACAGGGUACCCCGCUGUCUGCCGCUGCUCGAUAAGGCUCGCAUGGCGUUGGACAAAGGAGCACAGGCUGUUAUCUUUGAUGUCAGUGAUGAUGCCAAUGCUGCUGCUGAGCUGAGAGAAACAGACUCCCUUCCCCGACCGGUCGUGCUGGUGGAGGCGGAGGAUGCUGAGGAGUUGAUGGGUUUGGUCAACAAGAACGAGGAGGCCAAAGUUCGCAUUGAGAUCAUGGUGGAGCAGCCUAAAUGGCCACAUUAUGAUGUGGGUAUCCUGCUCACCAUUGUCUUAGUUAUUCUAACCAUCGUCCUAAUCUUCGCUUUCCGCUACAAGUGCAAGUCCAACAGGACCUGGGACUCUGUCCAUCAGCAGACCAUGCGGGCCAUCAGUCGAUUGGAGACCAAAACCUACAGCUCCCAAGGCUGCUCGGGCUCUCAGCGCCACCGUGCAGCCUGGGGGUCAGCGAGUAGCUCCAACUCGAGCCCCGUCUGUGCUAUCUGCCUGGAGGAUUUCCAGGACGGACAACAUCUGAGGAUCAUCUCCUGUGCUCAUGAGUUCCACAAAGACUGCGUUGACCCCUGGCUACUACAACAUCGCACCUGUCCCCUCUGCAUGCACAACAUCAUGGGGACAGAGCGGCAGCCUCAGAGGAACAGACUCCAGCAGAGUCCGGAGCAAAGCCAGAGUUUCCUGCACCCUCAGCCUUACAGCAGCCCACGCAACCACCCCUUCCCCCAGCAUGCCAUCCCCUUCUCUAUGAGGCCCCAUUAUCCUCGUGGACCCUCAGGACCCUAUCCCUCUCUGGGCCACUACACUGGCUCUUCUCCCAUGGACGCCCAAACUCUACGUUUCCUCACCAGCAGGCCCCUUACGUCCGGUUGUGGAUACCAUCUUCCUGCAGAGGGUCCUGGGAGGCCCCACAGGAUUGGAGGUAACUGCAGGACUUCCACGCACCACUACACACCUCGUCGGUCCUGCCACAACUAUCGCUCGUCCUGUCCGGCCCAGCGCAGUGCAUCCAGCUCAAGACUGCACCACACUGCCUCUGCCACACCACAGAACCGUGGAGCGCCGGCUCAUAGCCGGCAAGACGAUGGCAGCUGCUCGGGUGGCAGCUACCACACAGAGCGCAGCGGAUACUUGGCAGACGGGCCAGCGAGCGACUCCAGCUCAGGGCCAUGUCAUGGCUCCUCCAGCGACUCAGUUCUCAACUGUACUGAUGUGUCCUUGCAGGGGGUUUAUGGCAGCUGGUCCACCUUCCGUAGCUCUCUGAGCAGUGACUACGAUCCGUUUGGUUGUUAUGGGCCAGGUCCUGGGCGUGCCCCUCGCAGGAACAGCUUAGAGGCAGGCGCCCAGGCCCGGCCCAGGUCUUUGGAUUCUGUGGUAAAUAAAGCAGGCUGUGCUGAAGAGCAGCCGCAGACUGUGUUCAGCCACAUCCACUACCACCGCCACAGACACCACCACUAUGAGGAGGGGGAGCACAGCCAGGGCCCGAGCAGAGGCUCAGACGAGGAGCAGGGAGCCACUGCUGCUGCUGCAGCUGCACCUGCUGCUCUCGUCCUGGACAAAGACUCACCUGCCUGCCCUCCGAAGCACACCCUCUGCCAGUGCACAAAGCCAGACCCCACAGAUCGGCCCAGUCCGGGGGCAGAGUGUCAGGACCACGACCCCAACAGCCCUACAGGACCUCCUGUCCUGGUAUCCCCAAUCCCUUUACAGCUUCAAUCCCACUGCUGCCACCAGGGACACGCACAUCCUCCUACUACUCUUGGGCGAGUGGGUGGCUGUGUGCUUGAUGGCCCCGCUGUUCGCUUCCAUCAGAGCUUAGAUCUGCAGGAUGACCGAAGCAUCCACAUCCACUAUGGUCAGGGCCCGGGCUUCUGCUGCUCUCCUCCUGAGCUGCACCCUGCCUUGCUCCCCGUGCCCCUCAUUCUGGACUCUGGAGGUAUGGAGGACUGGCCUUGCUAUGCCGGGGCCCACGUUGUGUGGCAAAAGCGGGUGCAGCAGGCCCGCUCAGAGCCUCAGCUCUUGGGGCCGGGGACAUCUAUGGACAGGCCACCCUGCAGGUUCCACCACGGCCCUGCUGCUGACCGCAACACAGACAUUUGUUUGUACUGCCAAACAUUACAUCACAAUCAGGGAUCAGAAGAGGAGUCUGGUGUGUGAGAACUUGUUGCAUCCCCAUUAUCACGCUGCUACACAGGAGCCAGAAUGGACAAGCCUCUCAUUGGCUAUCGCUCUCAUGUCUUCCGCAUAAUUCCACCAGCAAUGCCUUUCGUGCAGACGAUUCCCCAGCUUCCCCCACGAGUUACAGCUCACACGCUGAUAUGCUCUCUCAGCUGAGUGUGAUUGAAUUUACCUUGAUUAUAUAAAGCUAAACUUUUUAUUGAAUUUAUGAUGAAUGAUUUAAAUGUUUGGGAGUUGCUGGGGAAACGACUCAUACGCCACAAAGGGGGGAAAGUGUUUUUCUGUGUUUUCCUCGUCAGUUAUAGGAAGAAUAUUCAUCACCGACAUGAUAUCACAAGUUCCCAUGCUCCUUAGUGACAACUAACGAAUGAUCCUUGCUUAGGGUGUUGAGCCCUCAUGAAGUGAGACUCUGUCUUUGCGUCGCUCACUCUGUUGCAGAAUAACUUGAUUUAUCUUGGAGGUACUUUACUCUGCAUGAUCUUGGCCUUCCUUCGCUGAGUCCAGUCUCAGCUCAGAGAAGCUUUUCUCUCCAGCCUACCUCAGCUCAGAUUUCUUAACAUGCCUCACACAGGGGGUCUUUAAAGGUACUGCUGUAGUGAUUUUUUUUUUGUUUUGUUUUGUUUUUUUUUGUUUUGUUUUGUUUUUUUUGGUCACAACCAUGUAGCUCCCAUAAACUCAACAACUCAAACAUUUUCCUCUUGGCAGUCUGACCUGUCCAAACGGAGAGAAAGGUUGAUGCUCAGCCCCUCAAACAACGAGCAUUCACUGAGGUUGCUGAGCCUUGCAUGGGCCUUGUUUUCACUAUUUCAAUAAUGGCAGCUGUUUUCAACAUGUUUGUAUUUUGGAUCAUUUUCUUUUCUUGUUUUUUUUUUGUUUUUUUUUGGUAGUCUGUAAUUUUAUUUUUUUUUUAACUUUUCAAAAUGAACCAGUUUGACUGAAUUAUGUUGUCGUCAUACAAGCUAUUGACUUGUUCUUGUCAUUUCUCUUGCCAGUGGUUACUUCAUGUAUUUGACCUCAAUGCUGUUAAACCCCCUAAUCAGUGCAUAGUGAACAGCCUCAUCAGAGGGAUGACACCAUAUGCUCUGCUCCUUUUAAAGAAUACCUCACUCCACAGAUGACCAUUUGUAUAUCAAUUACUCACGCCGUAUUACGUUAUAUUCGUGAGGAAAGCGUUGUUUUUCUCGCAUUCCUCCACGGUGAACAAAGAAUCCAAAAACUGAGGAAAUUCUCGAUGAAUUGAAGUCAUGGGGUCCACGUUUAAU